AUGUUUGCCAACGGUCUCUUCUCCUGGUUCUCCUCCAAGGAGACCAAUCCCAACCCUACCUCGGAUGUUACUAUUCCCAGCGUCGAGAAUCGCCAGCCCACCAGCCCAAAGGGCCCCUCCGUCGACGGAAUGGUGACUGAGCAGCCUAACUCCCAGGAGAACAUGCUGAAGCUGCGUGGUGGUGGUGCGGGUGAUGUCUGCUGCGGACUUUGCGCCGGUCUUCUCUGCUUCGAGUGCUGUGAGGAGUGCUGCUAA